AUGCCUCCAAUCCAGCCUCUCCUCCCCUUUCUACGGCCCCUAGCACCCCCGAAAUCAUCCACCUGUCGACAGCUCCUUCGCUUUACAGCAGCAUCAAGACUCCGCAUUGAGCCCCAGUCCUCGUCUCCAGGACCCAUUCUCCCAUUCAAACGUCCCUCUCAUAGCAUUCGGCAAUCCACACCCAAACCCAAUCCUAAACCGAAAAUACCCACGCUCCACCCCCUCAGCGCAAAAGCCCAAAAACUCGCCUCCGCCGCCUCUGCCUCCUCUACCGCCUCCUCUUCCAACCCCACUCUCUCCAACCCCGCACCCCACAGCUGUCCCACCUCUCCAGCAAACCUCCCCCCACCGGCCUACCAUGUCGCGCGCUCCAUCAAGAAAAAUUACCCCAUAUACACUGACUACAAGCGCGGCGGGAACCUACACUUAACCACUGUGCGGAAGGUGAGUGGAGAUUUGAACGCGUUGAAGGAUGAGUUGCGGCGGUUUUUGAACAAGAGGGUGGGGGAUGUUACCAUUAAUGCUUUGACGAAGCAUGUUAUUGUAAAGGGUCAUCAUAAACCUGAGAUUAUGCAGUUCUUGAAAGCGCGGGGGAUGUGA